CCCGGGGCAACUGAUAAACUCACAAGUUUCCUCGUCCUUUAACUUUCUUCUUGGAUCUUAACUGACGGGAAUUGAUUGUGUGCCUCCGGAACUUGUAACACCGCCCCAGACACCAGGAAAGACAAAAGCACUAAGUGUUACACGAUCUUGCCCUAAGAGGACUUACAUUCUAGUUGGAAAGUCAGACGUUCACAAAACUAAAUUAAAAUAGAAGCAACCAUACACGGUGCCGUGCAUGGUACUGUCCAGCGGGCGAGGGUGGCUUACUGUGGCUGAAGCAUCUAGAAAGACACAGUGGAGCAGAUGUCACGUGAAUGGGUCUUCGAGGGGCAGGGGCACAGAGAAAGCCUUUUCUGACCGACAGCAAAGACUGCCAAGAAUGCUUUUACUCGUUCAGAGAGCCUUGCCUAACGUGCAGAUUCCAGAUUGGAGUCUGUUCGGGGAAUAAACACUUGGUUUAGGUAUACACCACAUUUGGGGCAUUUUAGUAUCCCAGGCAACCUACCAUCCCAGCGCAUGCGCCUCGCAGGGCUCUCGCGCAGUGUUACCAUAGAGGCUCAGGGCUAGAUCGUCAACCAGCGCAGAGGCAGACAUUUUGGAUCCUGGCAGGAAAAAGUUGGACAGGCUGGUACCACUAAAAAGUCAGCCUGAACCGCCCAAGAACGUGAGAGCAAAAGAACGCCCGUGGGGGCGACAAGAUCAAAGUGGCGAAACGAAUCUUUAAUGCCUUCCUAGGAAAAAAAUAAGCUUGUGGAAAGUUGCCCACCGCCCUGCCCUUAUCUAAGAUGGCGACCGUGCGGGCGCUCUAGCUGCGCCUUUUCGGAUUCCCAGAGGGGGCGGUGCCCUCGUCCCUAUCUUUGAGGUGAUCGGCGGCGCAGGUUGCUUUGCUCUCUCGUCGCGCCUGAUUCUUCAGCGAGUGGCCUUAGGUACAAGGAAGUUGGGGGUCUCGAGACUCUCCCCCGCUCCCCCGCCUCCCGUGUCGGUUUUCUCGGCGCCUUCGCUGCGCUGGCCUCGCGGCCGCCUCCGUCAAAACCACCCCCGGGUGCAGCCCCUCGCGGGCCGGCUGUAACCGCGCCCCCGGGCCGGACGAUGCCCAGGAAGCUGCUGCUGCUGCCCCCGCUCUCCGUGUCCUCCGCUUUCCGCGCCCCGCGUGCCUGCCCCGCCGCUCGCCCGGCCAUGAACGCCGCCCGCACCGGCUAUCGAGUCUUCUCUGCCAACUCCACGGCCGCCUGCACCGAGCUGGCCAAGCGCAUCACCGAGCGUCUUGGUGCUGAAUUGGGGAAGUCUGUGGUUUAUCAAGAGACCAAUGGAGAAACAAGAGUUGAAAUAAAAGAAUCUGUUCGUGGCCAAGAUAUUUUCAUUAUACAGACAAUACCCAGAGACGUGAACACGGCUGUGAUGGAGUUGCUGAUCAUGGCGUAUGCACUGAAGACCGCCUGUGCCCGGAAUAUCAUUGGCGUCAUCCCCUACUUCCCCUACAGCAAGCAGAGCAAGAUGCGGAAGAGGGGCUCCAUUGUGUGCAAGCUCCUGGCAUCCAUGCUGGCAAAAGCAGGUUUAACUCACAUUAUCACUAUGGAUCUUCAUCAAAAGGAAAUACAAGGCUUUUUCAGCUUUCCCGUGGACAACCUUAGAGCCUCACCUUUCCUGCUUCAGUAUAUCCAGGAAGAAAUUCCAAAUUACAGAAAUGCAGUCAUUGUAGCUAAAUCGCCUGAUGCUGCAAAAAGGGCCCAGUCGUACGCAGAGAGGCUGCGUCUGGGCCUGGCUGUCAUCCAUGGGGAGGCCCAGUGUGCGGAGAUGGACAUGGACGAUGGCCGCCAUUCCCCGCCGAUGGUCAAGAACGCGACUGUCCACCCAGGGCUGGAAUUGCCGUUGAUGAUGGCCAAGGAGAAGCCGCCCAUAACGGUAGUUGGAGAUGUGGGAGGACGCAUCGCGAUCAUAGUGGAUGACAUCAUCGACGACGUGGAGAGCUUCGUGGCCGCUGCGGAAAUUCUGAAGGAGAGAGGCGCUUACAGGAUCUACGUCAUGGCCACACACGGCAUCCUGUCCGCAGAGGCCCCCCGUCUGAUCGAGGAGUCCUCCAUCGACGAGGUGGUGGUGACGAACACUGUCCCUCACGAGGUGCAGAAGCUGCAGUGCCCCAAGAUAAAGACUGUGGACGUCAGCCUGAUUCUCUCUGAGGCGAUCCGGAGAAUCCACAACGGGGAGUCCAUGGCGUACCUCUUCCGGAACAUCACAGUGGACGACUAGCUCUCGCGGUUGCCUGCGCCCUCGAGCUCCUAAGGAAGACGUGUGGAGAGCAGUGCCGUCAAUUAUGUGCACGGUGUUUCCUCUCAAGGGAGGCACGUGGUUUCUCUUGCCACGUUCGGUGGGUAGGAGGCGUUAAGAUAGUCCAGGGGACAGCAGGGAUCCUCAGCUGUCUGCUGUCACCAUCCUGUCUCUUAAAAGAGCUAGAUGCCUUCCUGAAUAGAAUCUGAAAAUCUUGCUUGUGUUGAAAGGGAGUGAAAGGCAGAUGAAACCCUGACCCUCUAACGUUCUUUCAGUUGUUUCCACCGCAGGACACAUCCGUGUUAAUGUUGAACCCAGUUAGGGAAGCUGAGCACCGUUCUUGUUCCACUUGUCGUCUCACCGGUCAGCUUUCUCCAAGUCUUUUCUAGAGAAUCCUAUUUUUCUUUAAGAACCCGCUUGCCAACAGUCAGUGAACAACGAUGCAUUGGUUGUGGUGCUCCUAGCAAGGACUUCACAUUAGCGAGUCACGCUUAUCUCUGGAUCCCUGCGUUACUCUUAAAUUGCAAAUAAAAGAAUUUGCUGUGGUGUUAGUGUCUUCACUGCAGAGCUGCCCACUCUCCUGCCUUCUGUCCAGACGCUGCAGAAGCCAGUGCCUUGAAUGCGGGACAACCCAGGUCCGGCUGGCCCCAGCCCUGGACAGACGUGCCCCUCUGCACAUUCCAUUCCCCUCCCCUCACGUUCCCUGAAGUUAAAUUCUUGUUGAAUAAUAAGUGAAUGUUUGAAUAUUCAUAUCUGAAUGUUUGAAUGUUCAAUAUUUGAAACCUAGGUGGCAGUUUUUAUUUUAAUAGACCUAAACUGUACUUUUCCCCUGUGUGCUAGGUGACAUUUAGUUUGGUUGCGUUACUUAGGACUGCACUUCAUUUCUCUGCCAACACUGAAAAUGACACAGUCGUGGUUCUGUUGUAGUCGACAUCUUAUUUGUCAGGCAGGCCUUGCCGCAAGUGCCAUGUAGACUUCUUCUAGUCUGAUCCAAGUCAGACCUGAAUGAGACGGGAGGGAGCAGUGUCCGCCCGGAAAUGAACUGCAGUUGCUCGUUUGUUCUGUUGGUUCCUGAGAUUAAAUAAACACCGAUUCACUUGCUUGUA